AUGCGGACUCGACACGUCGUGGCAGUUCUGGCCACUUUGUUGGCUCUUACUCACGAAGCGCCCCAAAAUCUGAAACAUCAAAAUUACGAGGAGCAUCCUCGCGAGGCUUAUUUCAACGGCUCCGCAUUCCUGAAAUUGAACUCCUUCGUUUCGGUGCACCGUCACAGUGGCCUCAGCUUCCGCACGUGCGAUCCCGGUCGACUAUUUCUACAGAAGUACGAUGACAAUUCGAUCAGUCUCGAGGUGACACCCGAGGGACUGCUCUUCGUGGCUGUCGUUGAUCAGCAGAGGUAUCGAGCCAGACUAAACGCCAGACUACUCAAUAACGUCUGGCACAGCGUCAACUUGCUUUUUAGACUUGGCAAUCUAACUCUAAAUGCUGCGGGUCACACUCAGAUGGUUGCGAAUGCAACUUACAAUUCCGCCAUCUUAACACUUCCUGACUAUGACGUGAACAGUUCACUCAUAGUUGGCGAAGGAUUCAGAGGUUGUAUCUUGCAAGGGCCUGGGAUUCUCUUCAACGGCAGCAUUAAUAAUGGAGCCGUUUUCGGACCCUGCUUGUUGGACAGCAAAGGAUGUGGAACGAGCGGUCUCGGCACAGGGGUCACCGCCACAAUGGCCACUGUGGAUUUCUGUCACCACGAGCCAUGCAUGAUGCAUGGUAAAUGCGUGUCACGACAGGAUCGUUACGAGUGCCACUGUUACGCCCGAUAUUCCGGCAACAACUGUCAAAUUGACAAUGGUCCACCCUGUCAGAGCGCACCUUGCCGCAACGGUGGCACCUGCAACGAAGAUGUGAGCGGUGACUUUAGUUGUAGCUGCAAGCCCGGAUUUACAGGUAGCUUUUGCGAAUCUCAAUUGGGAGUACGAUUGUGCGAGCAGAAUCCAUGUAGAAACGACGGCAUUUGCAUGGCGCUAACAGACAACGAGUACAAGUGCCAGUGUCCGGCUGGUUGGACUGGAAAGAACUGUGAAACUAAUAUCAAUGAAUGCACUUCGAAUCCGUGCAAAAACGGUGGCAUCUGCAUGGACGGGAUUAAUAAUUAUACAUGCAGAUGUGAUAGAACCGGCUAUGAGGGUCUCAACUGCGACGUAGACAUCGACGAAUGUGAGGCGAAUCCGUGCUUGAAUAACGGCGUAUGUUAUGAUUAUUACGGCGCCUAUAUCUGCCACUGUCCGACAGGCUUCGAGGGUCAGAACUGCGAGCUUAAUCUAAACGAGUGUUUGUCCGAGCCCUGUGCCAAUGGCGGUAAGUGCGUCGACGACGUGGGCACUUAUCACUGCGAGUGCCUCCCAGGAUUCACGGGUCGUCAUUGCGAAUUGAGAGGUCUCUGCGAGAACGCAGCCUGUCCGCUUAACAGCAUCUGCGUGGAGGACGCCCAUGGACCUCAGUGUGUUUGCAAUCCCGGUUUUAUGGGUAAUCCGCCUAAUUGCACUGUCAACUACUGCGCCAGCAAUCCCUGCGCCAACGGUGGCACUUGUACGAGCAGCAAAGAUGGUUUCAACUGCACCUGCUUACCUGAAUGGAGAGAAGUUUUAUUUUUAACUUUAAUUUUUGAUGGUAUCGGAUUUUUUCAACACGCGCUUAGAAAGAGAACUAACGUUUUUGUAGGAAAGAAUUGCCAAAUCGACGUAGACGAAUGCCUAUCACAGCCAUGUCAGAACGGUGGUACCUGUAUCGACCGUGUUAAUGGAUACACCUGUAAUUGCACUAGAGAUUUCGUGGGUGAUAAUUGCGAACGAGAAUAUGAUGCAUGCAUCGUAAAUCCUUGCCAAAACAAUGGUACCUGUAUGCUGAUGCCAAGAUCAAAGAGAGAAUUCGUUUGCGAAUGUCCACACGGCUUUGAGGGCAAGGUGUGCGAUGUGAAUGUCGAUGAUUGCAUAGACGCGGUGUGCCCAGAUGACAAGAUUUGCGUUGAUGGUAUCGCUGAUUACGAAUGCAAAUGCCGCGAGGGCUACAGAGAUCCCAAUUGCACACUGAUUGUGGAUCAUUGUGCGACGAAACCGUGCAACAACAACAGCACAUGCAUCGAUCUCGGCGAUCACGGUUUUGAAUGCAAAUGUAUAGAAGGCUUUCAAGGUCAAUAUUGCGAUCUUGAUGUGAACGAAUGUGAGUUACACGGUAAUUCUCUGUGCAACAAUGGGAUCUGCAUUAAUACUGAGGGUAGCUACAACUGCUUCUGUCGGCCGGGCUUUUCCGGCGAUCAUUGUGACAUCAAUAUCGACGAAUGUCUGUGCGGUCCAUGCAAGAAUAAUGCUACGUGCCUUGAUGGUAUCAACAUGUUCCAAUGUCUGUGCCAACCCGGUUAUACUGGUAAAACCUGCGAGGUAGACGUGAAUGAAUGCGACAGCAAUCCGUGCCACAACGGAGCACAAUGCGUCAAUGGUAUAGCAUCGUACACGUGCGUGUGCCCGGUGGGUUUUCUCGGUGUUAAUUGCGAGAUCAACGUCGACGAAUGUGAAUCGUCACCCUGCAUGAAUCAAGGAAAGUGCAUUGAUGGUAUAAAUGGUUACACUUGCGAUUGCAACGAUACUGGUUUUGAGGGUCUGCAUUGUGAGAAUAAUAUCGACGAAUGUUUGCCGCGACCCUGUGUAAAUGGUGGACUGUGUUUAGACGACAUCAAAAGUUACAAAUGCCAAUGCUAUGCCGGCUACACUGGUAAGAACUGCGAAAUAGAUGUGAAUGAGUGCGAGAGUUCGCCUUGUCAAUAUAAUGGCACUUGUCUCGAACGAUCAAACAAAAAUCUUUACAAGAGCGAAGCCCUGAACUUACCUGCGAUUUUUACCCAGGAAUUUAAUUACACCAAUGCUAGUGGGUAUGAAUGUCUCUGCGUCCAAGGUGUCACCGGCAAGAAUUGUGAGGUGAAUAUCAACGAAUGUGACAGCAAUCCCUGUGGUCCAGGUACUUGUAUGGAUCGUAUCGGCGGCUACACUUGUGAGUGUGACGAAGGUUACGAAGGAGAUCACUGUCAGCACGAGAUUGACGAAUGCAAAAGAUACAGUCCCUGCGAGCACGGAGUGUGCACCGAUGGUAAAGCCGACUAUUUUUGCACUUGUGAACCGGAGUACGGUGGCAAAAAUUGCUCGGUAAAGUUAAUGGGCUGUCAGGGCAGUGCCUGUCAAAAUGGAGGCACUUGCUGGCCCUACCUAGUCGAUGAAACCAUUCACAAGUUCAACUGCACUUGUCCCAACGGCUACCACGGUGAAGUCUGCGAUUAUGUGACAACAAUGUCUCUAAGCGGCAGUUCAUAUGUCUUGGUGAACACCACGCGCGACGAGGGCUACGAUAUUCAAUUUCGCUUCAGGACUACCUUACCGAAUGGUCUGCUAGCGAUCGGUAGAGGUGUGACCAUUUAUAUUCUUCAGUUGGUAAAUGGCAAACUCAACAUACAUUCUAGUAUAUUAAACAAAUGGGAUGGAGUCUUCGUUGGUAGUGGACUCAACGAUUCCAAUUGGCAAAAGGCCUUUGUAGCGAUCAACGCGACGCAUCUCGUUCUUUCCGCCAACGAAGAACAAACUAUCUAUCCCAUCAGCCCCAAUGAAGGUUCCAAUUCAUCGAACCAUACAUCUUUCCCUACAACUUUUGUGGGCGGGAGUCACAUCAGCUCCUUGAGCUUUUUGAGGAGAUUGUCCCGCUUACCUUCAUUUACUUUUUUUGUCGGCUGUAUGGAAGACGUUGUUAUCAACGGCGAAUGGGUUUACUCCGGUACCACAUCAAAAACUGUGUACAUGGAGGAUGUGGAACCGGGCUGUCCUCGCGAGGCUCAGUGCUCACCAAAUCCUUGUAAAAACGGCGGUCACUGUACCGAUCGUUGGCGCGACUUCUAUUGCAAGUGCGAGCGUCCUUACCUUGGUCACACAUGCCAGUACAACAUGACAGCAGCCACCUUUGGCUACGAAAACAUCACGAAUGGUUACGUGACCGUAAGGGCCAGCGACGCGGCCAGGCGUACUGUCAGCUCGGUCGUUGACAUUUCCAUGUUUAUUCGCACGCUGGAGAGCUACGGUGAUAUCUUCUAUCUAGGCACGGAACCAGAUUCUCAAGUCGAUCAGAAGUCUCAAGAGAAGACCUACAUAGCGGCGCAAUUGGAGGGUGGAGAAUUGCGUGUCAGGAUUCAAUUUAACGGCACGGAAGCUUACACCGUCGGUGGUGUAAAACUCAAUGAUGGAAACAACCAUCUGAUUCAAGUGGCGAGAAAUGUCACCCUCGUUCAAGUGAAAAUCAACGGUACUGAAUACUUCCGUAAAACCAUCAGUGCUACAGGAGACCUAAAUGUUACCGUUCUCUAUCUGGGAGGACUACCACAGUCGUCACGCUACAUUCGCCAAGUAAUUGAUAGCAGACAAAUGGAAGUACAACAAGCGCCACAAAUUAAUUUCAAAGGCAUUAUCCAAGAUGUGCAGAUAUCAAACGGUACGAGAAUGAUGGUUGUGGAAUUUUUCCCGCUAAAGGCACAGGACAUUCCUGCACUUAUUCAGUUCGGCAAUGUCUCCUUCGAUCCUGAAAAAGUUCUCGAGGGCGUGGUGUCGGACGAUGUGUGUGUGAGCAGUCCAUGCAAUCACAACGGCACAUGUCAUAUUACAUGGAACGACUUCUGGUGUCAGUGCCCGCGGGGUUACACCGGCAAAACUUGCCAGGAGAUGGAAUUCUGUCAGUUGCAAGACUGUCCGGCGGGGUCACGUUGCCAAAACCUUGACGACGGUUACGAGUGCAUCGCCAAUGCGACCUUUGACGGUGUUUCCACUAUCUUCACAUACACGUAUGGUUACGUCACAGGUACUACUAGCGAUGUACCACUCGAUACCAUCGAGAUCACCUACCGAUCCAAUACCGGUGGCACGCUGCUUCACAUAAUGCCUCGCAUGGGUGAUCAACAUUUCACCGUGUCCGUCUUCAAAGAUAACGUCACUGUAUCCUGGCGACUCGAUAUAGAAAAUCAAAAUAAUAUCUCUUUUGGUAAAAGCCAACCUGACGGGAACUGGACUUCAUUACUCAUCAGACUGAACAACAAUUCCGUGGAGUGCGGUUACGCUAAUCCUACCGAUGAACAGCCUCACAUGAGUCUCAACUUCAGUUUCCAACUGUGGUAUGACCUACUGGUGACAGGAACAGUCACCCUCGGUGGAAUUUCUUCCAGUAUCUUAUCCGACAAGGAUACUUACCUUACUGUUGGAUCCAAACCUGAGACUCUUGAGAAUAAAAACGGAAUUGAGGGCAAUAGCGUGGAUUAUGAGCAUAGGUUGACGACAGCCAUGCCCCCACAUAGUAUGACAUCCGGAGAACCAUUUAAGGGUUGUCUCGGCGAAGUACGUAUCGGCAACAUAUUGUUGCACUAUUUCACUUACGAAGAAGUUUAUCAGAAUGCGAACUUCACUCCGUUGGAAUACCUGAAAUUGCAGGGUAACGAUAACGCCACUCAUCGCGACAACAUUGGUUGUCAAUUGUGUUUCGACACGGAUUGCAAAAAUAAGGGUUAUUGCUUCGAUAAGGCCAAUAGUUACGUGUGCGAAUGUCCGGCAGGUUAUGCCGAGGACGACUGUUCUUUUAACAUCGACGAGUGCAUCGACAACAAGUGCCAAAACGGCGCGACUUGUGUCGACGGUAUUGCCAAUUAUACCUGCGUGUGUAAGAACGGAUGGCAGGGAUGGCUAUGCGAUAGUGACAUCAACGAGUGCGUAACGCUUAGUCCGUGUAAACACGAGGGUGUAUGCGUAAAUCUACCAGGCUCGUUCAGGUGUGAGUGCCCUGAUCAAUUCACUGGUGAAUUGUGUGAAAGCUUCCGGCUAAUCACCUGCAAGAACGAACCUUGUAAAAGCGGAGCAACCACGUCCUGCUCAGACGAACCGAAUCCAAAGACCGGUGAUAAUUUCACUUGUAAUUGCGCACCCGGCUACGACGGCCCGAUCUGUGACACACCCUAUUGUUUCCACACAAAGUGCCAAAACGGAGGCAGAUGCGAGUUCCUCAUUCCAUAUAAGGCGCCGAAAUGCGUCUGCCUUGUCGGUUACACUGGCACGUACUGCGAGACCAAUAUUGAUGACUGUGCGGUGGAUUCUGAGGGCAAUGGGCCCUGUCAAAAUGACGGCAAGUGCUACGAUGGAGUAAACAAAUAUGUGUGCGAUUGCCAGGGUACUGGAUACACCGGAACUAAUUGUUCCAUCGAUGUGGAUGAGUGUCAGGACUUAGAGAUUGAUUGUGGGCACGGUAAAUGCGAAAAUCUGCCUGGUAUCUAUCAGUGCAUCUGUGACGACGGUUAUUGCGGCUACAAUUGCGGUAUGGAGAAUCCGUGCCAGGAUGAUUUCUGCCACAAUGGUGGCACAUGCGAAUGUGGCGACGAUGGCGAAUAUAUAUGUCGAUGCACUCCUAAUUACACGGGACGAAAUUGUACAGAGCUGGAAUAUAAUUAUUUAAGCGGCCAAGCCCUCGACAUAGUGGUAAUCGUAGGCCCAAUCGUAGGCUGUCUCCUCCUAAUUGCCAUGGUAUCUCUUGUAGCACUUUUCAUGAUGGCAAGGAAAAAACGUGCAACACGUGGCACAUACAGUCCAAGUGCUCAGGAGUUCAGCAAUCCAAGAGUGGAGAUGGAUAAUGUAAUGAAGCCUCCACCAGAGGAGAGAUUGAUUUAAUCGGGUCGCAACCGAAAGGAGUCUGUUCCAGGAAUCUCUGUUGAAGC